AUGGCAGAAGAGCGAAGGAGUUCCUUUCGACUUCCUGGAGGCCCUGAAGCAGGAGGAGGCUACGAUGCCAUCAAGACUGAGAGCCAUGGGAGAUUCUGCCGCUGUCCAGAAGGCGACGAAUUGGAAGCCAAGAAUAAAGGAGACCAUGAUAAUGUCUACGCAGCGGGGGAGCAGAAUGUAAAUUUGGAGAGUGGAGAGAGAUUCAGCCAGAGAUCCCAACCAAAAACAGACAGUGGGAAGAAACAGUAUCAGUGCUUGGAAUGUGGGAAAAACUUUAGCAGGAAGUCAAAUCUCACUAGGCAUGAAAUAAUUCAUUCAGAAGAGAAGACGUAUCAAUGCUUUGACUGUGGUAAGAGCUUUAAAAGAAGCACAGACUUCCUUAAACAUCAAACAUCUCACACAGGGGUAAAACCUUAUCAGUGCUUGGAAUGCGGAAAGUGCUUAAGUCGAAACAACCGUCUUGCUUCCCAUCAAAGAAUUCAUACAGGGGAGAGACCAUAUCAGUGUUUGGAAUGUGGAAAGAGCUUCAGUAUGAGUGACAGCCUCACUACACAUCAAAGAAUUCAUACAGGGGAGAAACCAUAUCAGUGCUUGGAAUGUGGAAAGAGCUUCAAUUUAAAGCACAAUCUCACUUCCCAUCAGACACUUCACACAGGGGAAAAGCCAUUUCAGUGCUUGGAAUGCGGAAAGAGCUUCUCUCGGAACGACCGUCUCACUUUCCAUCGAAGAAUUCACACAGGGGAGAAACCCUAUCAGUGCUUGGAAUGUGGGAAGAGCUUCAGUUUAAAGGUGAAUCUCACUUCCCAUCAAACACUUCACACAGGGGAAAAACCAUAUCCAUGCUUGGAAUGUGGAAAGAGCUUCAGGUUGAAGCAAACUCUCGCUUCCCACCAGACGCUUCACACGGGGGAAAAGCCGUAUCAGUGCUUGGAAUGUGGGAAGAGCUUCAGGUUGAAGCAAAUCCUUACUUCCCACCAGACGCUUCACACAGGGGAAAAGCCAUUUCAGUGCUUGGAAUGCGGAAAGCGCUUCAGCCGAAGCUACCAUCUCACGGCUCAUCAAAGAAUUCAUAAGGGAGAGAAGCCAUAUCAGUGCUUGGAAUGUGGACGGGGCUUCAGUCAGAGAGCCUAUCUCACUUCCCAUCAAGCAAACCAUGAUGGAAUCAAAACUGGGAAAGGAAUAAGUGCUGGCAGUCAUAGGUCCUGACAGGGCUGUGCUCCAUGGUGUGCAUCUGAAUGCACAGGUGUGUCCAGCUCUCACAUAUAUAUCUCUGUACCCUUGGUUUGGAGUUCUGCUCUUCCCCACAAAUAACCUCUAC